CAUAGUACUUUUUCCAAACGACUCAUGUUUACGUUUCUUUACACCAGGAUCUGAAAAUGGGAUAUUAUUCCAAGAUGGCCGGCCAUCCAAGAAAUGAAGGGGAGCCUUGGAGUAACUGGUAAAGUUGCUGCCAUGUGACCAGGUCACGGGUUCAAGCCUUGGAAACAGUCCCUAGCAGAAAUGCAAAGUAAGGCUGCUUACAAUACACCCUUGUGGUGGGGUCCUUCCCUGAUCCUGCACAUGGCAGGAGCUUUUGUGCUCCGGGCUGCCCUUGUUUGGUCAUCCAUGAAAUAAGCUUGUUAUGUGAAAAAAUGUGUCUAUUGUAUCCCUUACAAGACUCUACCAAAAAGGUUGACCAAAGAGGAAGGAUACUUCUUAAGCAUUUCACAUCCUUCACCUUUACUACCUCAACAGGUUUGGCUGCAGUUUCAUCUUGCUCUGCUGAUACUGGACAAGGAGGUGAUGGUUCCACAAUAGAAGCUUUAUCUAACUAUCUGCAGUUUUGAUUGUUGAUACAUUGUCAAUGUGAUUGGAAACAAGUUAUUCGGCAAGAGUACUGAGGUUAAAGGAAAGCCUGUUUUGCCGAGAUCUGAGCAUUAUGAGGACAUUCUAUCAAUUAAAGACUGUUUUCUGCUGAGUUUUGGGACUAUUUGAAGAAACAAGUUGUGCCCUUUGUUGAAAAAAAAACAGUUGUGGUGAACUUUUCAAUUCAUCUAGACUGAUUGAAAGUUUGUACCUUGAUUUAAUCAAGAAAGAAUUUGGUGACAUGAAAGCAUGGGCUAUAGGUCCAUUUAGUCCCCUAGUGCUAGCGGAGAUGAAAAAAGGCUCCAACAAAUGCCAUGAGUCCCUGGAUUGGCUCAACAAACAAGAACUAAACUCAGUUAGUUUGUGUCAUUUGGCACGACUGCUGUGUGAUGAAGAAAUCAAAGUGCUCGCGGUUGGACUAGAGAAGAGUCGCCAAAAGUUCAUUUGGGUACUCAGAGGUGCUGACAAAGGAGAUGUUUUUACAAGCGAAGUUAGAAAAAAUCAUCUGUCAGAAGGAUUAUAGUAAGGGAUUGGGCACAACAGUUGGAAAUAGUAAUACAUAGUUCAACUAAUUUAUGAGUCAUUGCAGAUGGAAUUCGUGUAUGGAGAGUAUGUUCUUUGGAGUUCCUAUAGCAGCUUGGCCAAUGCAUACCAAGGAAUUCUCAACUUAUAACAAAGUACUUGAAAAUUGGACCAACUGUUAGGCCAUGGGAAACACGUCGAGAUGAACAUGUUACAUCCGAAAUGGCUGAAAAUGCUGUGAAAACUUCGAUUGCUUCAGCAGAUGGAGACGAGAUGAGGAAAAGAACAGCAGAUUCGAGCAAUGCUAUUAAAAAAUCAGUGAUGGAUGGUGGCCUCAACCGCGCUGAGAUGGAUUCCUUCUUCUCUCACAUUGCUCAUUGAAAUCAGAUCUAUUAUUAACCAUUAGAUGUGAAAUAUAAAGAGUGUUAUACAGAUCUAUUAAGAAUGCUGUGUCGUGGCUAUCUUUUAUUGUAAUGACACACUGUGACGCGUAUUCUUGACAUUCUCCAUAUAUACAAGAACUCAACUAUAGAUUUUAUAGGAAUAACUUCUGUUUUAUUUAUGUGUGAUUCAGAAAGAAGAGACACACGAUCUCUCGUUCCAUUAGAAGACGUGAGUAGGAGAUGCAUCAACUUUCAAUGAAUUUCACAGUCUCCUGGACACGCAUCACAAGGACAAAAACAGCCACAGUUAUCGCAUAUACAGAACAGAACUUGAGGUGGAGUCGAUAUGACAAAAGGUAAAAUAAUUCAACCACAUUUUUAAAGCAUAUUUGAGGAACAAGAUCCUAACUUUCAGCUGUUGAUGUUGAAACUUAAUCCAAAUUAACUCAACUUGUAUUAUUUAACAGGUGAGAAUAGCUGGACUUUUUGGAUAUAUCUGUUCCUCACAUGAUGCAAUUUACAUUAUAAUUAUCAAUAUGAUUAUAAUAAUGUUAUAUGACAUGUGCGUCCAUGUUAAACUAGAAAAAGAAUCUGACAGACUAAGCUGUUUAUACUGUUGUGUAUUUUUCAGUACCAAACAAAGUUUUCAUCAAUUUACUUUUAGUUGAAGUCUCAAAACUUGAUUUGAUUUUUCAUCAUGGAUAACAUCAACGAGAAUUUUGAAAUCUUGAAAAAAACUCAAGAAAAUGAAGUAGCUAUAGUAAUGGUUCCAUUUCCAGCACAAGGCCAUCUCAAUCAACUUCUUCAACUUGCCUGUUUAAUCUCCUCCUCAUACGAUCUUCCAGUCUACUAUGUUGGCUCAGCUACUCAUAAUCGUCAAGCUCGAGUUCGAGCCAAUGCCUUAAAUCCAUCAGACAUAGCCAAAAUCCACUUCCAUGACAUCCCAACUCCUGAAUUUGCCUCACCACCACCUGACUAUAAUGCCUUGAGAAAAUUCCCAUCACAACUUCAGCCAUCAUGGGAUGCUUCUAUGCUUCUUCGCGAGUCCAUUGAUUCUUUCUUGCGCGAUAUUUCCUCAAAAGCAAGACGUGUCGUUGUUGUUCAUGAUACUUUAAUGUCUUAUAAUGUUCAGGAUGUUUUGUCCUUGCACAACGCGGAAUCAUAUAUAUUUAAUUGCAUUUCAGUGUUCACUUUGUACUGUUUGAUGUCUUUGUCGGUGGGAAUAUCUUUGCAACUUGACGAGGAAUUGCUUAAAAAGUUACCUUCAUUUGAAGGAAUUAUUACAGAUCAACUCAAGAAUCUUGGAGCUUCUCAGAUACCAUAUAUGGAUAUUAGAUCAGGUGAUAUCCAUAAUUCAAGCAAAGUAAUUGAAGGUGCGUUUCUUGAUUUGCUUGCACAAGUAGCUAGUAAACAGGAGAAGAAACAAUGGGCAAUUGGACCAAUCUUGCCUACUAAACUAGAUUGUGUCGCGAAUAGAAACAAUAUGUGUUUGGACUGGCUUGACAAACAACCUUCACGAUCAGUUCUUUACGUAUCUUUUGGAACAACUACUUCAUUUUCCGAUAGAGAAAUCAAGGAGCUCGCGAUGGGAUUAGAGCAGAGCAAACAGAGGUUUUUAUGGGUGUUGAGAGAUGCCGAUAGAGGUGAUGUCUUUACCGGAGAAGACAGAAAAAUUGAGUUGCCGGAAGGAUUUGAGGAAAGAGUGGAAGAGAUUGGAUUAGUGGUCAGAGAAUGGGCUCCACAACCAGAAAUCUUGGCUCAUUCGUCCACAGGCGGGUUCAUGAGUCAUUGCGGAUGGAAUUCUUGUAUAGAGAGCAUUACCAUGGGGGUGCCAAUAGCUGCUUGGCCUAUGCAUAGUGACCAAGCCAGCAAUAGUUUCUUGGUGACGGAAGUGUUGAGAAUAGGCCUGAUUGUGAGGGAAUGGGAGAAGCGCGAGGAGCUAGUAAGUGCAUCCAGUAUUGAGAAUGGCGUGAGGAAGUUGAUGGCAUCAGAAGAAGGUGAUGCAAUUAGGAAAAGAGCAGAAGAAUUGGGAGAAGUCGUUAGAUGCUCCACAGAGAACGGAGGUUCUUCUCAAAUAGAGUUGGAUUCUUUUAUCGCACAUAUCACAAGAUAGAAUUGCUUUUCACCUGAAUUUUGAAGUAUUUUCGUUACUUCUUAUUUUCAUUUAUCUGUCACUUUUCUGCUUCUUGGCUCACACUAGUUUAUAUUAUGUA